AAAUCCUUUUCCUUAACCUUCACGCCUCCAUUAAUACCCUUAUUUCCCUCCCUUUCUCUUGCUGCCCUGCUAAAAUUAAUUACUACUUACAAUCAUAAAAUUGAAAAUGCACAUUAUCUCUUCUUUUCUUUGCUUUUUCUAUGUUCUAUUUUCCCUGCAUUAAAACCCCUGAGUUAUGAUCCUCCUCUCCUCCCCCCCCCCCAAAUUUUUUCUCUUUCCAUUGACUCGUCAUUGUUUCUCUCUCUUGAGUGCUUUUCGACUCCCUUUUAAAAUCCCACCUCAGCUACAUGGGAUUUUUAUGAAUUGAGAAAACAGAGCUUUACAGAGUGAAAAGAACAGGGGAAGUAAAAAAGAAAACUACAGAGGUUUUUUUUUCCUUCUUUUUUUUUGUUCUCUCAGUAUCCUUUUAAGCUUUUUUUCUUUCACUAUCUUUCUUCUCCUUCUUUUUUUGGGGGUACGCUUUUCUUGAUUUUUCCAAUAUCGUUUCCUUUUUCUUGGGAUUGUUUCAAAACAUGGGUUCUUACAAAGGCGAAGAACAGCAUCACCAUCAUCAUCAUCGAAAUGAAUCGAACUGUGUUUUGGUUCAUGGGCCUAUCAUCGUAGGUGCAGGACCAUCUGGUCUAGCAACAUCCGCUUGCCUUAAACAACAAAGCGUACCUUCUCUUAUCCUUGAGAAAAGCGACUGCAUUGCUUCUUUAUGGCAACAUCGAACCUAUGAUCGCCUUAAACUCCAUCUUCCCAAACAGUUUUGUGAGUUACCACUCCUUGGUUUCCCUCAUAAUUUCCCAAAGUACCCAACCAAACACCAGUUCAUCUCUUAUAUGGAAACCUAUGCUUCACAUUUCUCAAUCAAACCUAGGUUCAACCAGGCUGUAAUAAAAGCCGAAUUUGAUCAUGUUUUGGGGUUUUGGAGGGUUAAAACUCAAGACUUUGAAUACAUUUCAAGAUGGCUUAUUGUUGCCACCGGUGAAAAUGCUGAGCCUGUAAUACCAGAUAUCCCUGGUAUCGACAGGUUUAAAGGUCGAGUUGUUCAUACCAGUUUAUACAAGUCUGGUUCUGUGUUUAAAAACCAAAGGGUUUUGGUUAUUGGAUGUGGUAAUUCCGGCAUGGAAGUCUGUUUGGACCUUUGUCGAUUCAAUGUUAUCCCUCACAUGGUUGUUAGAAACACAGUGCAUGUAUUACCGAGGGAAAUGUUUGGUUUCUCAACAUUUGGGAUAGCAAUGGCACUUGUCAAAUGGUUCCCUUUAAAACUAGUGGAUAAAUUGCUUUUGCUGCUAGCCAAUUUCACUUUGGGUAACACUGACCAAAUAGGCCUUCGUAGGCCGAAAACGGGACCUAUCGAGCUCAAGAACGUCACCGGAAAGACUCCGGUCCUCGAUGUCGGCGCAUUAUCACAGAUAAAAUCUGGUAAAAUCAAGGUUGUGGAAGGUGUUAAAGAGAUAACAAGAAAUGGAGCUAAGUUCGUGGAUGGACAAGAAAAGAAGAUUGAUUCAAUAAUAUUGGCUACUGGAUACAAAAGCAACGUGCCUACUUGGCUCAAAGGAUGUGAAUUUUUCACCAAAGAUGGCAUGCCAAAAUCGCCGUUUCCUAACGGCUGGAAAGCGGAGAAGGGAUUGUACACAGUUGGGUUUACAAGAAGAGGGCUUCUAGGAACGGCUUCUGACGCCGUUAACAUUGCUAAAGACAUUGGUGAACAAUGGAGGACAAUCAAAGAGUGUAACGACAGCAAUUUUAAUUAUCUUCCUCAAAGAAACGUGGUCCAAAACAAAGUAAAAAAGUAAAAAGAGAACUUACCGCCGGUGACUUUCUUGUUUGUUUGUUUGUUUUUUUUGUUUUUUAAUUUUGUGGCUUUUGUUGAACAUUGUAAAUGCAUCAAUUUUGUUAGGAA